AUGAAAGAACUAAAUAUGGAUGAAUAUUAUUUACAUAAAAAAGAAAUAAAAAAUAUAUUUAAAAAUGACGGUGAAGAUAUUAGUACAUUUAUUAUUACUAAAAAAAUGGCUUUAACAAAGGAAAGGAAUGACAAUAUAAAAGAUAUGAAAAAUUUGAUUUCAAAAUAUCCAUAUAUCUUUGUUAAAAGCUCUAUUCUUUAUAAAGAGCUUGAAAAUAAUGUACAAAAUAAAAAAACAAUAAUUGAGGAUGUAAAUAUAAUAUACAACAAAAUUACAGAAUUGUUUCAAAGUGAUGAAUAUAAAAAGGAUGUAAAGGAUUUAAAUUAUUUAACUAGCGAAAAUGUUUUAUCAAAUAAUAUAUUUUUUUCUGAAAUCUUCAAAAUACCUUUAUUAAUUCAUAAAUAUAUUAAUAGUAAUGAACAUGAAGAAAAUUUGCCCAAUUGUAUAAAAUAUAUAAAACUAUGUUGCAACAUAAAACCAUGUCUUCACCAAUAUUGUUAUAAUAAUAAAUUCAGCAAUGAUUGCUUAGUUAAUUAUUUAAAAAGUUAUGAACAAACUGUGAAUAAACAAAUUAAAAAAAUUAAAAAAAUUAUUUGCAAUUUAAUUGUGAAAACGAACGAUGUAGAUAAAUUAAAAUUGUACAUACAAUAUUUGUCCGAUAUAUUUAAUUAUUUUAACACAUUAAAAUUUGAUGAAAAUAAAAUCGAUCAUAAUUACACACCCCAAAAUGUAGUGGGAAAACAAGACGAAAUAAAAAGCCUUAAUUGUUCAGAAAAAAGUAGUAAACUAGCCAAUUAUAAUGAUAAUAACGACACUGGAAAUAUUAGCAAUAAUGUAGAUCAUAUUAUUGAUAAUCAUCAUGCAAUAGACAAAAAUGGUGAGGAAUACAUCAAAAAUAAAUUCUUAAAACUUAAACAUUAUAAUAUAUUAACAAAAAUAAGAGAACGACUAUUUGCUUGUGAGAAUAACAGAGGGCAAGCAACACAAAAAAAAAAUUUACAUAGUUACGAAAUAUUACAGCUAUUUUUAAAUGAGAUUCUAAAAUUAAAAAAUAUAUAUCAAAAAUUAUUUAACGGAGUAGAUACAAAUUUAUAUAAACAUAUAGCAUUUAUAUAUUAUUUCGCUUUAUCCUUAGUACAUAUUAAAAUAACACAAGGGAAUUCGCCCCGUUUAAAUGAAAACAAUGAUGUCCAUAUGCACACAAGUAAUAUACGUUUGUUGAAUAAGCUUAAUGAGCGAAUUGUUAUGAAAAAAAAUAAAACAAAUAGUAAUUAUAGUAAUGACAAUAAUAAUAUCAAUUCGGCUGAUUGUUACAAACGAGACGACACUAGAUUGUCUAAUUCAAAUCUAAAACUACCCCCUGAAAUGGAAAAGAAUUACGAUUUUAUGUACAGUUCAAAAAAAAAAAAACAUAUAUUGCAUGAUAUAACGAAAUUUAUGGAUGAAUUUAAUAAAAAUAUAAACGAAGAAAAUAUAUUAGACAGUUAUUUUUUUUUUAGAAAUAACAAUAUUUCAACUUGGAAAUAUCCCUUUUUAAAUUUAAACACUUGCAUAUUUAACUAUAUGUAUUAUUAUGUGUUCUUUAAAAAUAAAAAAAAAUUAUUUUUUAAAAAUAACGAAAAAAAAAACAGUUCAAAAAAAAAGGUAACAAAUAUUGGGUUUCAAGAAAAGAAAUCAUUUAAAAAUCACUAUAAUUUUGUUGAAUAUUUAUAUGAAGAAGAGGAUAAAAAAUAUGAUGAUGUAAUAAAAAAUUGUCCACAAAAUAUAAAAAAGGAUUUCAAAAAAAAAAGUAAAAAGAAAAAUAUAUUUCUUAAUCAUUACAUCGCAAUACAAUCGCUAAUUCAAAACAACAAAAUUAAGGAAACCGUGUUGGAUUUACAAAAGUAUAGAAAACAUAACUUAAACAGUUUAAUAUUAAAAGAAGAUAAUGCUAAUCCAUGUAUAAGUUUUUCCAUUGUGAUGGAUAACUUUAUAAACAAAAUAUUUGUGGCAUAUAUCUAUGAUUUCCUUCAAGCCAAUAAUAAUAUUUUUUAUCAAAAUAUUUUGUUCUUUGACAAAGGAAACAACAAUGAAAAAAAUGAUUCUAAAGAAGUAUGGGGUGUUGAGACAAAUCGAUUACCCAAUUCGAUAGAUGCCGAACUAAAAAAACAAAGAGAAUUUUUCAUUAAAAAUGCUAAAACUUUUUUUGAUUUAAAUAAAAAUAGAACAAAAGAAAUUAAUGAAAACGAACCAAAAAAUUCAAGCAAAUUUAGUCAAGAACAUUACCAAGAAAAAAUUGCUGGGAAAUUAAAGUAUUCCUUUUUAAUUUCCUAUUUUUAUAAUAUUAUAUUUAUUUUAAAAACCAUUAAAUGCUAUAUAGAUAAAUCUUUGUUAUACACCAUUAUCCAUAUGUUUGAAAUUUCUUUUAAAAAUAUUAUUGAAAAUUUGAUAACCAUGUUUUUGGCAACCCAAAACAUAUUUUUUAAAUAUAAUAUAUUUCAAUUUAUUAUCGAGGCUCUUUUAAAGAGCAUAUUUCCCUUUGCAUUUUUGUUUCUUUCGUGCAUUUAUCAAAUUGAUGUUACUCGAUUAACGGAAAAAAUAUUGAAAACCUUGAAUAACUAUUCGAUUAGCAUAUGA